GAGCCGUUGUUCUGAUGAUUGCCUCGUUUGGUAUUCACGGUACACGCAUGGGGGCGGUGCUAUAGGUUACGAUUGUAGGAGACACUCACCUCCGGGCACGCCGGUGUAUCAAAACAAACGCAACAUCGUUGAGAAUCGAUUACCGUUACUACGUGCGAGAUAUGAUUGUUGCUGUACUGUAGCUAGCUAGUUGUUGUACAUAGCCUAGCCAUGAGCAUAGCAUCUGUAGUUAGUAAUACUGUAUAGCGUGCUUUAACUUCAGUUAUUCAUCAAUGAAACCGUUGGACUCAGAUGAGGAGCAGCUGGGUGCUUACCAAAAGGAGCUGAGACAGCGGGCCAACCAGAGCAUACAGCAACUGAGCAGUGCUCUGGAACAGCAGAGCUCUGAUGAAGAAGAGGUGGAGGAGCCCAGAGGCAGCGGUGGCAGCCUCUUCACCGCCCUGAUCGAAGAGGACAACGCUGCAUGGAGUCAAAAGACACAGAGUGAAGCAGUUAAUCAGCUGAAGAGCCUUCUACUGAAACAGUGCAGAGAAAUUCCUUCUCCUCUGUCUCCUUCAAAGAAACAGUCUCCAGCCAAGAGAGUACAGCAGGAGGAAAGGUCCAACUUGCCUACCUAUCAAGAUUUGGUCCCAAUGAUUCACAACCAGUCAGAGUACAUUCAACACCUAGAAGCUGAGGUCAAAUUGUGCAAGGAGGAGUUGCAGGGGAUGAAACAGCGGAUCAGAGUGGUGGUGGUGGAGAAUGAGAAGCUGCAUUCAGACCUCAAAUCCAAAGCUGUAGAUGAAUCUCUGAAAGACUACACGUUCCGAAACUCCACGGUGAAUGAGAGUAUGGCAGCCAACAGCCACAGCAUGCUGCAGAGAGCAGAACACACCACAUGGAAAAAUGAGCUGGAACAAUUGAAAGUGAUCUACCAGGCCCAGAUUCAAAGCUUGGAGGCUCAGGUCAUUUCCCUCAGGAAAGAUCUGUCGGUCAGUCAGAAGGAGUGUGAGGAGGUGAAGGUUCGUCUGAGACACCAGGAGAAACAGGCUGCAGAUGCACUGAGGGCUGAUGGAGCUCCCCGUGUGGCAGGGUUGUGUCUGAAGUGUGCACAGCACGAAGCUGUGUUGGCGGGGACUCACACAAAUCUUCAUGUCCAGGCUAUUGACAGGCUCACAAAGGAGCGUGAUGAGUUACUAGUGGCUCUGCGCGCUGUGCGGGCUAGUCAGCAGGAGGCACAACAGAGGGAGUGGUCAUCUUGUCUCCAAGUCAAACAGGCUGUGGAGAUGGCAGAAGAAGCGAAUCUGCACAAAGCUAGGGUGGAGGUGCAGUGUGAGCAGCUGUCCAGGGAGCUGGCUCGACAGAGGGAACAACUAGAACGAGAAGCACAGGGCUCGCAGGAGAGACUGUCUGAGGCCAGAGAGGAGGGCCGGGCUGAGGCCCGCAAACAGAGAGAGGAGCUGGCACAUACAGUGUCCAGCCUCUCCCAGCAUGUUGCUGAGUUGGAAGGACAGCUAGACAGAACUCACAGAGACAAGAGCACACUGACCAAUCAGCUGGAAGAUGCUCUUGGCAAACUUGCCAGUCAGGAACAAGACAAUACCAAGGUGUGUUUGGAGCUGCGAUAUCAGCUCAGUCAGGCCCAACUGAAGAAAGAGGAGGCAGAGAGAGAACUCCGAGAGCUCAACACCAAGACCAGCAGACAGAUGGAAAAGGCUGCACAGGAAGUGGAAAGGCUGAAUUCAGAGCUGGUUGGCUGUCGGCAGCAUCUGGAGGCGGUCCAAAAGGACGGGAGCCAAUGGCAGGCCGAAGCCCUGAGCCUAGCAGAACAGCUGGCAAAUGCCCAGCGCCAACUGCACCUCACCAGACAGGACAAAGAGAGUUCAGAACGGGCUCAUGAGGAGGAAAUGACGUCUGUGACCCUUUCAGCGCGGGAAAGAGAGAGAGAGCUGGCUGUGCUGCUGGAGCAAACAGAGGCUCAACACCAGCAGAGAGUUGGAGAGUUGGAUGGUCUGCUGAGUUCCCAGAAUUCCCUGAUCAGGAAGCUCAAGGAGGAGUGCUGCACGCUGGGAGUCAAACUGGAGGAGCGGACAGAAAACAGCAGAGGAGAGCUGGAGCAGCUGGCCAUGGAGAAGGAACACCUAGAGGAGACGGUAAAGAGUCUGAGAGCUCGAUGCGCCGACAUGGAGGAACAGUGUGUCCAGCACGGCCGCAUGCACCAGCGCAUGAAAGACAGAGGCUCCAGGAGAUCGGUUAAUGGAACAAAUGGUCGCGGCGGGCCGGGGAAGAAGGAACAGGCUUGCUGCUACCGCAGGCGGACAACGAGCCCCGGGCGAGGGCUGCUUCAUCUGGGCUCCUGCCACACACACACAUACACACACCCCCUCUGUCAAACCGUCUCCUCACCCCCCUCCCCCCAACACACAGUGUGCUGCCAUGCCCCAGAAGCAAAAGGAUGCUCCUCGCAAAAACUUUUCAUUUGCAAAUUAAGUUGGCAGAGGCUGGGCAGAAGAAACAGGACAGCUUUCAUUUGUCUCAUCUGCGUGUGUGCGUGUGCGCGUGUUGCAACUGUGUGUGUGAUCUGAGAGACAGAGGGAUGAUAAAAGAGUGAGAUGUGUAGAAAACAGAGAUGAAGGCAAUUGGACUUUUACAUUUUUCACAAAACAGCAGCCCCUUCACCUAAUUGUGUUUUUUUUCAUGGAAGAAAAGUUGAGUGUGUUACAGAAAUGGCAGAAAAAGAGGUUCAGGCACGAUAUGAUCUAGGCAGUUAGAGAGGUAUCUGUUUUUCUUUAGCUGCUACUGUACAUUUUCUGAGCACUCUGUCAAAAAAUAAAGAUGUUAAACAAAAAAUAAAAUUGUAAGAAAUUUUAAGUUAAACUUUAGUUGCUAUAUUUAAAAUAUAUAAAAGUUUCGGAUUUGAACUACUGAAUGAGUGAGAAUGUGGGGAAAUCUUAACUGUAUUAAGACAGAGGAACAGUUUAGUAUCACACUCAUGUUCUUACCUCUGGAUGGCGCUGAUCAGUCGCUCUCCCUUCUCCUUCAUCUUCCUCUCCUUCUCAUCGUUUCCAUCUCUGCAUUGCCCAGCUGGCUUCUGUAGCCAGGAGCAACCGCAGGGCGGCCUGCUGAAAGAGCAUUGUCAAACGGUGGCUUUACAGCUCUAUCACACACACACACACACACACACACACACACACACACACACACACACACACACACACACACACACACACACACACACACACACACACACACACACACACACACACACACACACACACACAGAUUUGCAGCUCAGAUGUCGGGCUGUAGCCAGAGGCUUGCAAGCUGGAGCGUUAACUGUGCAAAGCAUCACAUCUCAAGCCCCAGUCAGUGACACUCGCUAGCACUACUUCAUAAAACUACAGCUAGAAAGCUAGUAUAGAAACACCUGCCCCUUCUUUAGAAAAAUUUUAAAAGUAACAACAGCAGAAACACUUUAAUGCCAGGAAAGCAAACACUCAAACGCACGACUUAAAAAGAGUCAGCAGGCCUCACAGCAGCAAACACUAUGACAUUGAAUAGAUGAUAUAACAGCCUGCAACAGCACCCAAACCUCUGUUCAUACAGUGACGAAAUGAAAGCAAAAACAGCUUCUGUGCUCAUCCACAGCUGUUUAAAGUCUAUGAACAUAUUUUUCUGACGUCCCUUUUACACACUUUCCAAAUCUGGUUUAAUAGAACUCAUUGCUAAGGAUGUUUUAUUUUGUAUUUUUUAAUCUUGUGAUUUCAGUUUGAACUUCAACUUUCUCCACACUGACAUUCAUUAACAAAAAGUAAAUUAACACUGGGCCUUGUCUGCUCAAAGACCAACUUUGACAUUGUUGUACACCCCUUAACAGCUUUCACACCUUUAAUUUUUAUUUCUUUAUUUCUCUCACCUUUUAAUGUGUAUAUUCUUUAUUUACGCAGCAGAAAAUCUACAUGUAUCGCUAUCGUUCAAAGCCAGUCUCUGACUUCUGUUUGAAUGUAGUUAUAAUUGUGACCAAGAAGUAAUAAUAUCAAAUAAAUAAUAAAAAGAGAGGAUGAUAAUAUACAGCCUUACAGGCCAAUAUAAUAUGUUUCCUAAUGUUUUGAAUUUGCACCUCAGAAUUAGCACACAUUAUUUUUUGCAUUAUAUUAUAGUGUACAUUAUAUUGUGCUGUGAAACAAAUAUGAAAUAACUGAGAGGUAAGGGCCCGGAACCAGGGUUUUGUUUCUAAGCUUUUUUAUAAUUAAUCCUGUAACAAUAUUUAACAUUGUUUAAAAUGAUACCAUUAAAAUCAAUGUGCAAUCAC